AUGGCGGGCCCCGAGGCACGCGAGCUUGAAGACGACUGCCCCGACAGCGCGCCCGAUCGGCUGCAGGAGCUCCAGCACCAUGGUUCUGUUCUUGCCAUCGCAGUUUCAGACAAGUACAUCUUCGCCGGUACGAGCAAAGGCGAGAUUGUGGUCUGGUCGCUCGGGACAUACCAGCUAGUCGAAACGAUCCAAGCACACAAACGAAGCGUCCUCUGCCUGCUCCUGUCCGAGGACACCAAGUACCUUUUCUCAAGCGCGUGCGAGCCCAUCAUCGGUGUAUGGUGUCCCAGAACCUUCACCCGUCUCUACGAGAUUUACAGCACCUAUGACGUUGGCGACGUCUUCAGCAUCGCCUAUUCGCCGCAGCGAGAGAUUCUGUAUCUCGGCACGCAAACCCAGGACAUACAAUGGGUCAGCUUGACGGACCCUGCGAGGAGGGUACCGCACGACUCUGCGAACCACCCCGAUAAGCGGCAACAUCGCUUCUUCGACUCGCGUGCCAUUGGAGGGACAUCGACGCCACGGCGCACGGAAGAACACUACGCCCUCAUCCCGAAGGCGGCAACGGUGUUGGAGAUCGACUCCGGUGCUAUCCAGCAGUAUGCGCACUACGGAUGGAUCUUUUGUAUGCUGGUAGCAAAGGGACCGACCGUGCUCGGGGACCCUGACGAAGAGGUGCUCAUUUCUGGCGGCGGAGACGGCACAAUCAAGCUGUGGAGGCUCUCGGACGACGGGCCAGACCACGACGACGGGGUGGUAGGAGGCAUUGAGGAAGUCAUGACACUGGGUGACGACGAUAGCGAGUCCGUCUUGUCCCUUGCUAUCGAUGGUUCCUUUCUGUAUGCUGGGAAGCUGCAGGGCAUCAUCGAGCUCUGGGAUCUCGACACGAAGCAGAAGCUGCGCGUCAUCAAGGCUCAUGACGGAAACGUCAACACGCUCAGGAUGAGCUUUGGCCUCCUCUGGAGCGGAGCUACGGGGGGAUCGGCUUCGAAGCACAGCACAGUGCAUUACGGCAGGGACAAGAACGGCCUGCCCCAGAAUGUCAGCCAGAAGUACCAUUGCCUGAGCCGGUGGAAGGCCCAUGACGGCAAGAUCCUGUCCUCGGCCGUGGCCGUGCACCAGAACGACCAGCUGUUCAUCACCGGGGCCAACGACAACAGAGUCCGCGUGUGGCGUGUCAAUGGCAUGCCAACCCAGAGCGACGAAGGGGUUGACGGGUCGGAGAACAUGAUGAUUGCGUCACUGCGCGAGUUCGUUUCGUUCAAGACCAUUUCGUCGCGACCCGAGUUCACCGAGGACUGCCGCAAGGGCGCAACCUAUCUCGGCUCUCUCUUCAAGCGGCUAGGUGCGCAGGUGGAGAUGCUCAGCACCGGGAGGCUGCACAAUCCCAUCGUGUACGCCAAGUUCAGCGGCAAGCUCGAGCCGGCGGAGAAGCGGAAGCGAAUCAUGUUCUACGGUCACUACGAUGUCGUCCCGGCCGACAUGAAGGGAGACAACUGGCAGACCGACCCCUUUAGGCUGGAGGGCCGCGACGGCUACCUCUAUGGCCGCGGUGUCAGUGACAACAAGGGCCCCAUCAUCGCCGCGCUGCACGCCGUCUCCGACCUUCUCCAAGCCAAAAUGCUCGACUCCGAUAUCAUCUUCGUCAUUGAAGGAGAGGAGGAAUCCGGAUCCCGCGGCUUCGAAGACACCAUCCGCCAGCAUAAAAAGUUCAUCGGCCACAUCGACUACGUCCUUAUAGCAAACAGCUACUGGCUGGACGACGAGGUCCCGUGCCUCACCUACGGCCUGCGCGGCGUGCUCCACGCGACCAUCUGCAUCGACUCAAAGCAUCCCGACCUCCACUCGGGCGUGGACGGCAGCAACAUGCUAUCAGAACCCCUCACCGACCUGACCCUCCUCCUGAGCAAACUCAAAGACGCCAAGAACCAUGUCAAGAUCCCGGGCUUCUACGACGGCAUCCUCCCGCUGACGGAGGAAGAGGACCGGCGCUACGACGAGAUCGCGCGCAUCCUCAUCAAGCGCAACAACCCAUCCUCAUCCUCUCCCAACAUCUCCCCCGACACGCUGAAGCGUAGCCUCAUGGCCCGCUGGCGCGAGCCCAACCUGACCAUCCACCGCUACAACGUGUCGGGCCCGGACGGCUCCCUCAUCAGCAGCCACGCGACCGCCAACGUCAGCGUGCGGCUGGUGCCCGGGCAGGAGGUCGAGCAGGUGAUUGAGAAGCUCAAGGCGUACCUGCGUGAGGAGUAUGAGAAGUUCGGCAGCGAGAACACCCUGACGAUCAGGAUCGACAACAGGGCGGAGCCCUGGCUCGGCGUGCCGGGGAAUUAUAUCUUCCGAACGCUUGAGGAGGCCGUUAUGCGCGCUUGGGGCCCUGCUACUACUACCACCACUACGACUACUGUCACAGCGAAGGAGGAGGAGGAGGAGGAGGAGGAAGCGGGCGGACAGGGGAAGAAAGAGGAGGAUGGCGGUGACGAAAAGGGGCCGAGUGCCAGGAGCAGGAAACCGCUUUAUAUCCGUGAGGGCGGGUCCAUUCCGCCGAUUCGGUUCCUCGAGAAGGAGUUUAACGCCCCCGCGGCGCAUCUCCCCUGCGGACAGGCCAGCGAUGCAGCGCAUCUGGGUAAUGAGCGGUUGCGGGUCUUGAAUUUGCUGAAGAGCAGGGAGAUUCUCAGCACCGUGUUUAGGAAACUGUAG